GGUAGACACAUUGUAAUCGUUCACGGUUUAGAUUCCAAACUUUAGAAUGAGAUUUAGUUUGUUUCGAACUUCGUGUGUCGACACACGUAUAUUUUAGUCCAGGGUGCAGAAUUAGAUAAUGUCUUGUGACAUUGUAUUUUAAAUUGCUCGUCUAGAAAUAGAUUUGCUGAUAGAACCAUCUACUGAUAAGGAAGUGAUAAGAAAUUGUGCAGUUUGAAUAACUUCACCUUCAUUCCGAUUUUUGGAAAUAAUUUGAAGAUCUUUCAAUAAAUUCAUUGACAAAUUCCAAAAAAAAUUCCAACAAAAUGAAUGACAGCGAUAUCGUUGCAGCAGUGGGCUAUUUCUCGCCCUUCGAUUACAGUGUAUUUGUGUUGAUAUUGUCAUGUUCAGUGGCUAUCGGUGUUUACUUUGCAUUUUUCAGCAAUAAAACAACUGAAGACUACUUGGCCGGUGGCCAUAAAAUGAAAUCAUUUCCAAUCGGUGUUUCUCUGGUUGCAAGUCAAAUAACAACUGUUUCGAUUAUUUCAAUCCCCGUCGAAGUGUAUUCAUUCGGAUGGCAAUAUAUGCUUGUGAUUCCAACGAUUGUUUUUGUGGCUCUGGCAAUAAACUUUUUCGUUUUACCCGUUUAUUAUGAAAAUAAAAUAGAUAACUGCUAUGUUUAUCUGGAGCUCCGUUUUGGCAAAGCAAUUCGUAAGUUUGUCACGAUCAUCUACAUUGUGGAUCAGCUAUUAUAUCUCCCCGUUGUAAUGUUUAUUCCGUCUUUGACAUUUGUCGAAGUGACAAAACAGAAUAUUCAUGUGGUAAAUACGGUGAUUGCAUGUGUGUGCAUUGUAUACACAAUGUUGGGUGGAAUACAGGCAGUUGUAUGGACGGAUGUGCUGCAAGGAUUCAUUAUGCUUUCAUCGGUGGUGAUAGUCAAUUGGUUUGGUGUAUCUGACGUCGGUGGCUUGGGUGAAGUGUGGAAUCGAGCGGUUGAUGGCGAUCGUAUCUUUCCGCCAAAUUUCACAUUGGAUUUGGUAACAAGAACGACAUUUUGGAAUACAGUUAGCAGUUUAUUCAUUCUUUGGCUUGGCAAUGUCGCUUUCAGUCAAAGCUGUGUACAACGUCUAACGUCAUUACCAUCCGUUCGGGCUGCACAAAAGUCGAUGCUGAUUCUAAUAUUUGGAGUGGCAUUUCUCAUGAUGUCUACAUGCGGAACUGGGAUUAUAAUGUACGCUUACUAUUACAACUGUGAUCCCGUAAAGGCGCACAUCGUUUCGAAAUAUGAUAAAUUAACGCCUCGCUUCGUUCAAGACACAACUGGACACAUAACGGGGAUGUUAGGUGUCUUCAUAUCAUGCGUAUUCAGUGCAUCAUUGAGCACAGUAUCGGCGGCACUUCACUCUUUGUCGGGCAUUUUUUACAAUGAUUACAUUCGUCCGCGGAAAUGGUUUGUCCAUACUGAUGCAAGAGCCAACUUUACAAUGAGGCUGAUCGUUAUUUUGAUUGGUGUUUUCUGCAUUUUGAGCGGUGUUAUUGUUGAUAAAUUUCAAUCAGUAUUCCAGAUGGCGGUCACUUUGGCCAGUAUGGGCAUUGGAGCUAUUUUUGGUGCAUUCUCAUUGGGAAUGCUUUAUCCAUCGUCGAAUAAAUAUGGUGUCUUUUCCGGAAUGAUCAUAAGUAUGGUAACUGUUGUGUCUUUAGUCAUCAACACACAGUACAAUAUAGCACAAGGUAAAUUACGCUAUGACAUAUUGCCAACACGGACUGAUGGAUGCAACGGCACCAUUGAAUUAGCGUCACAAACACCAAUUCAGAAACCAUCCGAUGGCUUUGCGCUUUAUAAAAUUGCAUUCCAAUGGUAUCCAGUCAUUGGAGUUCUCAUUACAUGGAUUUCUGCGAUCCUGAUUUCACAUCUGACUGGCGGACAAGAUCUCACAAAUUUGAAUACACAAUUACUUUCGCCAUGCAUUCGAAAAUUGAUUCCUAAGAAGUAUCGUGAUGAUCAAUCCAAUUCAAUGGAGAAUUCGGACAAAGCACCAGCAAAUGAAGAAAUGAAGCCAACAUUGUCGAACAGCAAAGUGGAUUGUUAGAAAAAGAUUUUCAUCAGACAUAAAUAUUGUAGUCAUUGCCUUAAUUGAUUUAAGCAUCUUUGAUAGUAUAGACAAAUGCGAUAACUAAGCUAGCUUUAGACCGCACGCAGUUGACGCAUGAUAAUGUGCCUGUGUAAUGUGUAUACCGCUCAGUGGCCAAACAUGCGCUACGCACCUCCAUACGACAUAGAGUCUGUGACGAUUGAUUGAUACACGUGCGGUUCUCAGCUGAACCAGCUGAGCUGGUUGAGUUAUCGCAAUUUAUACGCGGAUACUGUAGUUGGUUGGACAAUGAACAAAAUAUGGGAUCUUGAUUAAAAAAUAUAUGUCAUUGAUUCGGAUCAAAAUUUAUAAAUUAAGUCAUAAACAUUUGAACUUGUACUUACAAAAACUGUCGGUUAACGAAAAUGUUUUCCUGCUCUUCAAUCCAAAUUAGUUUCAAGAGACCUAAAUAAUUUGAUCAAGUUUGAUAGAGCUGAUAAAAUAUAAGCACCUAAGAUUUA